AUGAGUCCGCUCACUCUGGCAGCCUUGAAUGUUCUUUCCCUUUUAGACAAUCCAAGGAGCAACCGACCAGAACGGAGGACAGCGCUAGUGGCUGGGGAACUGGCACGCUACAAGGUGGACAUCGCCGCGCUCAGCGAGACCCGGUUCUCUGAACAAGGCCAAUUGGAGGAGGUGGGUGCCGACUACACCUUCUUUGGUAGCGGUCGCCACAGGACAGAUCGAAGAAACGCGGGUAUCGUCUUCGCCAUCCGAAAUGACAUCGUGGGACGACUGUCCUGUCUGCCGCAGGGCCUCAACGAUCGCCUGAUGAGCCCCCGCCUGCCUGUCCUGGGAAGCAAAUCCGUUACCAUCAUCAGCGUCUACGCGCCGCCGAUGACCAGCACUGACGCUGCAAGGAACAAAUUCUACGAGGACCGGUAUGCCUUCCUGGCGUCUGCGUCGAAAACGGAUAAGUUGAUUGUCGUUGGUGACUUCAACGCCUGCGUCGGCACAGACCAUGCUACCUGGAGAGGAGCGCUGGGUCCCCAUGGUCUCAACGGUUUCACUGACAAUGACCUGCUCCUCCUACGAACCUGCGCAGAACACCGACUCCUCCUAACGAACACCUUUUGCUCGCCGGGGCGAGAGGAGGCCACCUGA